AUGGUGCGACAGUGGCAGCAGCAACGGUGCGGCAGUGGCAGCAAUAACGGUGGUAGCAGCAGUAACGGUGGCAGCGACAGCAAAAUGCGCAGUGGCAGCAGCAAUGGCGUGCAGUGUAGCAGCAACGGUGGCAGUUAUCACCAGCAACGGUGUGGCAGCACACCAGCAACGGUGCGGCAGUGGCAGCAACGGCGCAGCAGUGGUAGCAGUAACGGUGCAGCGGUGCAGCAAUGGCAGCGGACAGCACGGCGUGGAGUGGCAGCAGCAACGGCGCGCAAGCGGCAGCAGCAACGGUGCAGAAAGCGGCAGCAGCAACGGCGGCAGCAGCAACGGCGUGCAGCAGCAGCAACGGCGCGGCAGCGGCAGCAGCAACGGCGCGGCGCAACGGCGCGAAAGCGGCAGCAGCAACGCAGUGGCGAGCGGGCGAUGCGCGGCGAGCAGCAACGGCGGCAGCAAGGCAACGGCAGCGGCAGCAGCAACGGCGCAGAGCGGCAACGGCGCGCAGCGCAAGGAAGCAGCAAGAAGCGCAAUGCGCGGCAGCGAUUAGCAGCAACGGCGUCAGUGCGACAGCAACGGCGCAGAAAGUCAGCAGCAACGAUGCGCGCAGCGGCAGCAGCAAUGGCGCGGCAGCGGCAACGGGGCAGUGGCAGCAACAAUGGUGCGGAAGUGGCGGCAGUAACGGCGUUGCAGCGUGGCAAUGGUGCAGCGGCAGCAGCAACGGUGCGGCAGGCGGUAGCAGUAACGGUGUGGCAGUGGCAGCAGCAACGGUGCGGCAGCGGUAACGGUGCAGCAGCGGGCAGCAGCACGGUGGUGGCGGCAGCAGCAACGGCGUGGCAGCGGCAAUUGCAGCAGUGGAGCAGCAAUUGCGUGGCAGCGGCAGCAGUAACGGUGGCAGCACGAAGCAGCAACGGUGCGGUGGCAGCAGCAAUGGUGCAGUGCAACUGGCGGCAGCGGCAGCAUUGGUGGCAGCGGCAGCAGCAACGGCGCGGCAACGGUGCAGAAGUGGCAACGGCGUGGCAGCGACAGCAGCAACGUGGCAGCAGCAACGGUGGCAGCAUUACCAGUAAUGCAGUAAGUGCAGCAGCAACGGUGCAAGAUCACCAGCAACGGUGCGGCGGCAGCAUUAACGGUGGCAGCAGCAACGGCGGCAGUGGCAGCAUAAUGGCGUGGCAGCGGCAGCAGCAACGGCAGGCGGCAGCGGCAAUGGUGCGGUGCGGCAGGAAGAAUCGCAAUGCGUGGCAGCAUACCAGAACGGCAGGUGAAGCAGCAAAUGGCGGCAGCGGCAGCAGCAACGGUGCAGAAAGUAGAAGUGAACGGUGCGGCAGCAUUACCAGCAACGGUGGCAGUAAGCAACGGCAUGGCAGCGGCAGCAACGGUGCAGUGGUAGCAACGGUGGCAGUGAGUAAUGUGGCAGCGUGA